CUGUUUUUCUGACGUCAUGUCUUCUCUUUCUAUCUGAACAUCAUGUUGUGUUGUGGUUAGGUUGUUUUUAGCCAUGCGACUUUUACUUGAUUGACAAAUAGAUUUAUCCUGAAACUAAUUAGUUUUGUUCGAUAGUAUCAUCCAACAUGGUGAAAAGACAUAAUAAUCAACUACCUGAUAAUAUCUAUCAACUUCAGAAUCUUUUGAAACGUGAUCCGCAGUCAUACAAAGAUGAGUUCAAUCAACAACAGCAGCAUUAUCAAUCGUUGAUGACAGUGUUUCUACUGCGCCCAGAUCAGCCCAACAAACAGCUAAAUGAUUUGGUGCUAUUCAUGGCCCAGGUGGCACAUUGCUUCCCAGAGGCUCUGGCUGACUUUGCCCAGCAACUGAUCAAUGUUCUACAAACACACAGCACUGUGCUUCAUCCAUCAAUGAGAAUGAAUUUCUGCAGAGCCCUGAUAUUAUUGAGGAAUAAAAAUCUGUUGGCUCCGAACGAUCUGCUGCCCCUCUUCUUCCAGCUGCUGAAAUGUCAAGACAAGAAUUUGAGAAAAUUUCUGGAGACGCACAUCAUAAAUGACAUCAAGAAUUUGAAUGCCAGACACAAGAAUGCAAAACUGAACACAUCGCUCCAGAAUUUUAUGUAUGGAAUAUUGAAAGACAACAAUGCCAAAGCAGCCAAGAUGUCUGUGAAUAUCAUGAUUGAACUGUACAAGAAAAAUGUUUGGAAUGAUGCUAAAACUGUGAAUGUCAUUGCUACGGCUUGUUUUUCCAAAGUAGCUAAGGUAAUGGUUGCUGCUUUGAAAUUUUUCAUUGGAACUGACCCAGCUGAUGAUAAGAAGUCCGAUGAUAGUGAUUCUGACGAUGAACCGACUCUCAAGGAUGUGAUGUUUGCUACCCGUGUUAAUAAGAAGACAAGGAAAAGAGAAAAGGAAGUGAAGAAAGCAAAGAAACUGGAAGUGAAAAAUCAAAAAGAGAAGAGUGAUGCUCCCACAUUCAAUUUCUCGGCACUACAUCUUAUCCAUGAUCCGCAGGGAUUCGCAGAGAAACUGUUUCGUCAGCUGGAGGCGACCCACGAGCGCUUCGAAGUGCGCCUGAUGACACUGGAUGUGAUUUCGCGACUCAUCGGUGUGCAUCAGCUCAUUGUGCUCAACUUCUAUCCCUAUGUGCAGCGGUUUUUGCAGCCUCAUCAGAAAGAGGUAGUACAACUAUUGCAGUUUGUAGCUCAGGCCUCCCAUGAGUUUGUUCCACCUGAUGCACUGGAGCCUGUUUUGAAAACUCUGGUCAACAAUUUCGUUACUGAGAGGAAUUCAUCUGAUGUGAUGGCUAUUGGUAUUAAUGCAGUAAGAGAAUUAUGUACCCGAUGUCCCCUGGUUAUGAAUGAGGAUCUCUUGAGAGAUCUGGCUGACUACAAGAACUACAGAGAGAAGAGCGUCUCAAUGGCAGCCAAGUCUCUCAUUCAUCUCUACAGAAUAACUAUGCCUGAGCUGUUGCAUAAGAGAGAUCGAGGUAAACCGACAGAAGCAGCAGCUGAAAUCCAGUCAAAGAAGUUCGGUGAAGUUGUAGCCAAAAGUUACAUUCCUGGUGCUGAGGUGCUUCUUGAGAAGGAUUCUGAUGCUGAAGGAGGCUGCGGCUAUGACAGUGACAGCAGCGGAGAGUGGAUCGAUGUAUCAGAUGACGAUGAGAGCCACAUAAAAAUCGGAGAUGGAACCUUCGAGGAAGAGGAAGAAGAUGAAGAAGAAGAGGAAGAAGGAGAAGAUGAAGAGGACGAGGAUGAUGAUGAUGAAGAAGAAGGAGAUGAAAGUUGUGAUGAUGAAGAAGAGGAGGGAGAGAAGUCGGAGAAGAAGGAAGGAAAGAGAAAAGGAGAAACAGGAGCUGGAGAAGGAGCCAAAUCAAGUUCUAGUGACAAUAAGAAACCUACACCAGUGAAACAGAGUGCUAAAGCUAGAAAUGAGGCAAUACUGGCUGAGAAGAAGCAGCAAGCAGCUGAGAUCAGUGUCAAUAGAAUCCUGACCGAUGAGGAUUUCCUUCGGAUAGACGCUGCUCAACUCAAAAAGAAAAUGGAGAGCGUGAAACGCGGUGUGAAGCGGCCUCACGAGCAGGAUGUUUCAACUGCCAGGAAUGAGUUAGUGCCACUAUCUAACAUAGAAAUGAUUCAUAAAAAGAGAAAGAAUGAUAAACAGGCUCGAAUCGAAUCCAUACGAAAAGGUCAAGAAGGAAGAGAGAAGUUUGGAUACAAAGACGGGCGUGUAGAUCCGUUCUCGAGUAAGACUAAUCGCGAGAAAAAGAAGACCAAGAACUUUAUGAUGAUACGCCACAAGGCCAGGGGCAAGAUAAAGAGGUCUUUCAAAGACAAACAGAUUGCGCUCAGGAACUACUUGGUCAAACAGAAAAAGAUGCGGUAACGUGUUCUCAAGAAUGAAGUUGAUAAUAAAUUACAUUUAUGUAUUUCUUCUGUUA